GCCGAGCCCGGCCCGGGAGCCCAAGCGGCGAGAGUGCGGGGUCCCUAGGCCCCUCACGCUGGACUCCACAGUCUCUGGGCCGCCUGACCUCUGCACGGGUAUAUGGGAUGGAAGCGGGACCCUCGGGAGCAGCUGCGGGCCCCUAUCUGCCCCCCCUGCAGCAGGUGUUCCAGGCACCUCGUCGGCCUGGUAUUGGCACUGUGGGGAAACCUAUCAAGCUCCUGGCCAAUUACUUUGAGGUGGACAUUCCUAAGAUCGACGUCUACCACUACGAGGUGGACAUCAAGCCGGAUAAGUGUCCCCGUCGAGUCAACCGGGAAGUGGUGGAAUACAUGGUCCAGCAUUUCAAGCCUCAGAUCUUUGGUGAUCGCAAGCCCGUGUAUGAUGGAAAGAAGAACAUUUACACUGUCACCGCACUGCCCAUUGGCAAUGAGCGGGUCGACUUCGAGGUGACAAUCCCUGGGGAGGGGAAGGAUCGAAUUUUUAAGGUCUCCAUCAAGUGGCUAGCUAUUGUGAGCUGGCGCAUGUUGCAUGAGGCCCUGGUCAGUGGCCAGAUCCCUGUUCCCCUGGAGUCUGUGCAAGCCCUGGAUGUGGCCAUGAGGCACCUGGCAUCCAUGAGGUACACCCCUGUGGGCCGCUCCUUCUUCUCACCGCCUGAGGGCUACUACCACCCGCUGGGGGGUGGGCGCGAGGUCUGGUUCGGCUUUCACCAGUCUGUGCGCCCUGCCAUGUGGAAGAUGAUGCUCAACAUUGAUGUCUCAGCCACUGCCUUCUACAAGGCACAGCCAGUGAUUGAGUUCAUGUGUGAGGUUCUGGACAUCAGGAACAUCGAUGAACAGCCCAAGCCUCUCACGGACUCCCAGCGUGUUCGCUUUACCAAGGAGAUCAAGGGCCUGAAGGUGGAAGUGACUCACUGUGGACAGAUGAAGAGGAAAUACCGCGUGUGUAAUGUUACCCGCCGCCCUGCUAGCCAUCAGACGUUUCCUUUACAGCUGGAGAGUGGACAGACUGUGGAGUGCACAGUGGCACAAUAUUUCAAGCAGAAAUAUAACCUUCAGCUCAAGUAUCCCCACCUUCCCUGCCUCCAAGUUGGCCAGGAACAAAAGCAUACCUACCUGCCUCUAGAGGUCUGUAAUAUUGUAGCUGGGCAGCGCUGCAUUAAGAAGUUGACUGACAACCAGACUUCAACCAUGAUAAAGGCUACAGCUAGGUCGGCUCCAGACAGACAGGAGGAGAUCAGCCGCCUGAUGAAGAAUGCCAGCUACAACCUAGAUCCCUACAUCCAAGAAUUUGGAAUCAAAGUGAAGGAUGACAUGACGGAGGUGACAGGGCGAGUGCUGCCGGCGCCCAUCUUGCAGUACGGCGGCCGGGUGAGCAGGAACCGGGCCAUUGCCACACCCAACCAAGGUGUCUGGGACAUGCGAGGGAAACAGUUCUACAAUGGGAUUGAGAUCAAAGUCUGGGCCAUCGCCUGCUUCGCACCACAAAAACAGUGUCGAGAAGAGGUGCUCAAGAACUUCACAGACCAGCUGCGGAAGAUUUCCAAGGAUGCAGGGAUGCCCAUCCAGGGCCAGCCUUGUUUCUGCAAAUAUGCACAGGGAGCAGACAGUGUGGAGCCCAUGUUCCGGCAUCUCAAGAACACCUACUCAGGGCUGCAACUCAUUAUCGUCAUCCUGCCGGGGAAGACGCCAGUAUAUGCUGAAGUGAAACGUGUUGGAGAUACACUUUUGGGAAUGGCAACACAGUGUGUGCAGGUGAAGAAUGUGGUGAAGACCUCUCCUCAGACUCUGUCCAACCUCUGCCUCAAGAUCAAUGUCAAACUUGGCGGCAUUAACAACAUCCUAGUCCCACACCAGCGCUCUGCUGUCUUUCAACAGCCAGUGAUAUUCCUGGGAGCAGAUGUUACACACCCUCCAGCAGGGGAUGGGAAAAAACCUUCUAUUACAGCAGUAGUAGGCAGUAUGGAUGCCCACCCCAGCCGAUAUUGUGCCACUGUGCGGGUGCAGCGACCACGGCAGGAGAUCAUUGAAGACUUGUCCUACAUGGUGCGUGAGCUGCUCAUCCAGUUCUACAAAUCUACCCGCUUCAAGCCUACCCGCAUCAUCUUUUAUCGAGAUGGGGUCCCUGAAGGCCAGCUCCCCCAGAUCCUCCACUAUGAACUUCUGGCCAUUCGUGAUGCCUGCAUCAAACUGGAAAAGGACUACCAGCCUGGGAUCACUUAUAUUGUGGUGCAGAAACGCCAUCACACCCGCCUUUUUUGUGCUGACAAGAAUGAGCGAAUUGGGAAGAGUGGUAACAUCCCAGCUGGGACCACUGUGGACACCAACAUCACUCACCCUUUUGAGUUUGACUUCUAUCUGUGCAGCCACGCAGGCAUUCAGGGCACCAGCCGACCAUCCCAUUACUAUGUUCUUUGGGAUGACAACCGUUUCACAGCGGAUGAGCUCCAGAUCUUGACAUACCAGCUGUGCCACACUUAUGUACGAUGCACACGUUCCGUCUCUAUCCCAGCACCAGCCUACUAUGCCCGCCUGGUGGCUUUCCGGGCACGAUACCACCUGGUGGACAAGGAGCAUGACAGUGGAGAGGGGAGCCACAUAUCGGGGCAGAGCAAUGGGCGGGACCCCCAGGCCCUGGCCAAAGCUGUGCAGGUUCACCAGGACACUCUGCGCACCAUGUACUUCGCUUGAAGGCAGAACGCUGUUACCUCACUGGAUAGAAGAAAGCUUUCCAAGCCCCAGGAGCUGUGCUGCCCAAAUCCAGAGGAAGCAAGGAGGAGGGAGGUGGGGUAGGGAGGAGUACAGGAGGCCUUGUUUCUUUCUAUAGCAGGGGUAUUAGGGUGGGGAACAGGGUCAGCAAGACAGACCAUCAGCCAGAAAUCUCUGAUGUCAACCUCAUAUCCCCACCCUUUACCCCAUCUUGUCACAUCUGGCUCUGACUCCAUUGGACCAAGAGGGGUAGCGCUGAUGCCCACCAUACUCACAGGUGUCUCAUGUGACUCUCAGUGCUAAAACUCACGCUUGACAGCUUGGUAAGGUUGGCUCUGCAGCCCUGUGGACAAAUGCUGGUAGGUUUGGAUUUGUUAUUUUAGAUGGGAAAGUGAGGGGCUUGAGAAACUGGGUGGGAUGAGGGAAGGAUUUUUUAGGAGCCUUAAUCAGAAAAGGUCUAGAUUUGUUUAAGAAGAAAAAUGAAACCAGACCCAGAUCAAUAUUUUAGGAUACUAGAUGUUUUCAAGGGUUCAGAAACCAGUUUGUAGGAAGAUUUUUAAUGUUAAUGGUUUUGGUUGCUCCUCCCCCAGUCCCCCCAUUCCACUCUCCCACAUUUUCUAUCCCUUACACUUCCUCCCUGACAGACAUCCAGCCCCCCUAGUAACACUUAAGGCACUAUGGCACUUAGCUCUGAAGUGACACGACCCUGUCUUCCUUCCGCCUGCUGGUGGGUAACCAGUGCCUUCCCUGUAAUGGUAAUGCUGCAGAACUGCAACCUUUUGUACCUUUCUUUGGGGGUAGGGGUGGGGGUGGGAGAGGAGGUAGGUGGGGAAGAAAUAUCCCAAACCCAAUGAGCCUCCAGCCAGAAUGCCAGCUAUUUUGCAUUUGAAGGAAUUGACUUCCACAUUCUUUGAGCUUUUAAAAAGACCCGCAACCUCAAGAUGGUUAAAAUCCAUUGACAUUUGCACUUUCAAACAUAACAAGUCUCUGAGCUGCUGAGAUGACUGGCCCCUGGCUUUUCCACUUUUGCCUCCUUCUUACCCUGUCCCCAUGCCUCCCACCUUACUGGGUCUGGAGUUACUUUCAUAGCAUUUCUCACUUUUGGCGGUGUUUUUUUCCCCUGAUGCUCAAGUCUUGUGUUUCAAUUAUUUCACAACCAGGGUGUCUUAUAACAGAAGAUCCUUAGAUCUAAAAUAAGAAAAAAAAAUCCUAAAUGUUAUUUUUAUACCAUAACUUGAGUCUAUUGCCAAAAUCUGGAAAUCCCUCCCAUGCCUGAUGAGUUUACAUCCUGGAAACAUUGAGCCAUCCGAAGGAACUAUGUACCUGACUCAUUCUCUGGCCUUCCUAGGAAAAGGGUGGUUGUGUCCCCAAAUUGGGACUCAGGCUCUGUUCUUCCUCUGUGCAGAUAAUACCUUUUUCUUGCUGCAGGCUCCUUCCUCUGCACUGUCCUGCACUCCUUCCUGCAAGUGCAUCUUUCCUUUCCCUGGACUGAACUGUUCUUUGACCUCUGACUCAUCCCAAAUUCUAGUGUGUCCUGUGGGCAGGCUGGGGAGUUUUGCUGCUCCUGGUUGCUUCUGUUUACACAAAUGAAAUUUUUCCUGGUUCCCACUAGGGCAUGUGAGUGGGUGUCAUGGGUUUUGUUUGUUUUUCCUUUUUUCCCCUUUAGAUAUGGUGUUUGGCUCUCUUGCAGGACUAGAGAAGGAAAGGGCUUCUAGCUUGGUACUUGUGGGCCUUGAGACAAGCCCUCCUCUUUCCUUGACUGUUCCUCCCUACUACUUGUUGGGGAGUUUCAACUUCAGUGUCGAAAUCCUCUUUUUGAGGCACAUGGGCUUGAGUUUACCCCACUCUGGUUAUGAAGCCAUGAUACUUUAGACCUAGCCCAAGCCUGGAGGCCAGCUGGAAGUAGUGUCUGAAUCCUGCCCUGUGGAGGUACAGCUACCCUUUCUUCUCCCCAGCAGCCCUUGUAUAGACCCAGAUUUGCUAUGCAAAAUAAUCUAUCCCAGGUUCUGUUCUGGUUGGCUAUCUUGGUCAGCAAUUUCAGAAAGUAGCACAAACAUUCAUUGUGGAGAAAGCAACAGGACUAUUGAGUGAUUGCUCCUCUGCUUUUUUUUUUCCUUCUGGUAUAGCUUGAGGUAUCCCUUGGGCACAACAAGCCCAGCUGACGAACAGAAUGGAGGGCCCUGGGAAGAGGCAGCUCAGUGGAGAGCCUACAUUCCUUACACAAGUGCCUAAAGAGAGUGAUGCCAACACUCCAUCUGCCCUGUCCAUCGCCUUCAUAUGCAGUCUACUUCAUGUUCCGUUACCCUUUGGGGAGGGAGCUCUCCUAGGACAAUGGGCUCUGCAUGUUCUCUUCUUGGGUACAUUUUGGGGCUGGGAUAAGGGUACUGUUCCUGGAGGGAGGGUCCAGUCAUUCACCAGCAUUUGCAAAUGUCCAAAGGGAGCAGGUGGCAGUCACUACUCCCAGCAACAAGUUUGUGUUCUCUCCUUUCUGUCUUUGCCUCACUCUCUCCAGUUGGAUUUCAAGCUGAGGCUUGAAAGGCAUUUUAGUCCUUUGACAUUGUAUGUGCCAUUCAGUCAAUAAAAGCAAGAGAAGUAGCUUGGGCAAUGAUAAGAAAACUAACUUUUUGCUCUGAUUAAAAAAAAAGUCUCUUAAGACUUGAAAAAUUCCCUGACUAUUCUUGUUUGAAAGGUGGUACAUGCACAUUGAAAAAUGUUUCAAGAUUUGGUUUAAGUGGUGCUUUUUACCAAACUCUGAGGAGGCACUGGGAAGACCCCAGCUUUAUCCUUUUAGGUCUCUUGUUCCCUUUGUUCUACUCUUUCUGCCUGACUUUUCCUCUUCUUGCUUUCCCUGCCUUACUUUUCCUUUUUUCUGUUCACUGAGCCUGCUUGCUGGCUGGCCUGCCUGCCUGCCUGCCUGCCUAUGUGAUGAUGAAUUCUCUGCAUGGCCACAGUGAUCCUACUUGCCACUGUUAGUUGUCAAGGUCAGGCUUAACCCCUUGGCUGCAGAAGACCAAGAACCUGUUCCUAAUACCAGUGGUGUUAACCCUGGGGUGUAAUGUAGAAAAGCUUACACUGGGGCAUGGCAGUAGGCCCUCCCCAACUAGCAUGAAAUUGAGAGGGCUUCUGGCAGUUUCUACAUCUGUUCAUUCCUUGGAGCUGGUUUCUCUCAUUGCUUUUUCUAAUUCUGUUUCUUUUUCUCUACCUGGGGCUUCUCUUUACUGAGGAUGUUCUAGGGUUGAGCUAGUUCGGGAUUCAGGGUUAGAGGGUUAGAAGAUGGAUAUAGAGGAAGAUGAGUGAAAAGAAGAGAAUGGAGAGUUUGGAUAGGAGAUGGGAAAGCAGAAGAGUACUCUAGUUAUUUAUCCAGCCCAUUGGUUGAGGUGCUAUGCUGGCUCUGAGGAUAAGCCUGGGGCUAUUGUUGCUGGAACUUUCGCUUCCAAUAAGGCUGAAGAAAAAGGUACCUAAAAGUGUGAAAGCUUCCUAAAAAGUUCCACUUUCCCACCUGCUACAUAGCUUCUCUGUAGCUUCUUCUUUAAGCAGCAAUGUUUUCUGGGUAGUUUUCUUUUUCUGUCCAAAAUUUUGUAAACAAGGCCAGUAUACAUGAUGGGCAGCCAAGGAGACUCUGUUUUCCUAGCUGACCCAUGCAAUAUCUAUAUGGCUGGUAGGACAGUGUUUUAGACCAGGCAUAAUAUGUAAAAAAGAAGGAUCAAAGUUCCUUCCCUUUCAGGGUAGAAAAGUCAUCUCAAACUAGCCAAAAGGCAGUUUUGGAAAUUACAUCAGGGAAGGUUAUUUUUAUUUAUUUACUGAGGUUAGGCCAGUCCAGGAUACUAGCUGGGAUGCCUUCCUUCUCAAGGUCUGAUAAUGGCA